CUGCUGUAGUAUCAUAAUUACUUCUGUGAUCAUAAUUCUCUGAGUGUGAGACUGUCUACUAAGUACCAACAGGUCGUCAGACAGGUAAGAUGUUUUCGGGAAAGGUCGUGCUCAUUACUGGUGCAAGUUCGGGAAUCGGUGCUGAAACUGCUUGGGAAUUCUCCAAACACGGUAAGAUGUUUUCCGGAAAGGUCGUGCUCAUCACUGGCGCAAGUUCUGGAAUCGGCGCUGAAACUGCUUGGGAAUUCUCCAAACAUGAUGCACAUCUUGUUAUAACAGGGAGAAAUAAAGAAAACUUGGAUACGAUCUCAAAAAAAUGUGAAGAUGUAUCUCCUAGCAAGUUGCGACCUAUAAAAGUUAUCGCUGAUAUUAAAAACGAAAAAGACAUCGAAAACAUUAUUGCAACUACAAUUCAAACUUGUAAGAAACUUGAUGUUCUUGUCAAUAAUGCAGGUAUAUUAGGAUCGGGUACGAUCGAAACAACAUCGUUAGAUCAAUUUGAUAAUAUUAUGGAAACAAACGUUCGUGGGCCGUAUUACUUAACCAUGCUUGCAACGCCGUAUCUUAUAAAAAGUAAGGGAAAUAUCGUCAAUGUUUCCAGUGUAUCCGGACUAAGAUCUUUUCCAAAUAUUCUUGCAUAUUGUACAUCAAAAGCUGCUUUGGACCAAUUUACAAGAUGUGUUGCCCUUGAAUUAGCCCCAAAGGGUGUUCGUGUCAACGCUGUGAAUCCUGGUGUUAUAAUUACUGGUAUUCAUUUGAAAGGAAGCAUGACAGAGCAGGAGUAUGAAGCGUACAAAGAAAAAUGUAAAGUAACUCAUGCUUUGGGUAGACCCGGUGAAACUAAAGAGGUGGCAUCUGUGAUAACGUUUUUAGCAAGUGACGCAGCCAGCAACGUUACUGGAGUAACUUUGCCAGUUGAUGGUGGUCGACAUGCUAUGUGCCCUCGGUAAAUAUAUUUAUGCGUUAGUGGUGUAUAAAGGACUUUAUUUAUAUUGUUAAAAAUCUUGAGAUACCGAUAUUAUUUCUAGCUACGUUAAAUAAAAAGUUAGCAUUCUGAAA